AUGGCGGCUAUUUUGUACUCUCGUCUUUGCAUUAGAAACAGUGGCCGACUAGUGGUUCUGAAAAAGACUGUCCAUUCUUCGGCAAAUCACAAGGCUGAGCUUGAACUGUCCCCUUCUCAGCCAUCCACUCAUUGGAAAGGAGAACGUUAUGUUAGUGUUGCCCUUCUGACUUUGAUUCCUGCAGGAAUCAUUUACCCAUCAGCUGCAGUAGACUGGGCUCUUGCUGUUGUUAUUCCUUUGCACAACCACUGGGGUGUUGGUCAGGUGCUAACAGACUACAUACAUGGCUCAACAAUGCCGAAAGUUUCCAAGGGUAUCUGGUUGGCUGUGUCGAUAUUACAAUUCAUUGGCCUCUGCUAUUUUAAUUAUGCUGAUGUUGGUAUCUGCAAGGCUGUCAGUAUGAUCUGGCACAUGUAG